UGGGUCGCGGGCCUGCGGGGCGGGGGCGGGGCGGCAACGAGCUCGGCCGGCAACCGAGGGACCCGCGUCCAGAUUCAGAAAAGAACUUGGGAUCAUUUAGCAGAAUUUCACAGCAUCCUCGUUCUUUCAACUGGAGCUUCUGUGGAUGCACAUCCCGUGACCUCUGAGUUGAGCUGAGCGGUGGAAAGCUUCAGUGUCCGUUGGAUUUUUCCAAGAGAAAGUCCGUGGAAUUCCUUACACUGUAGAUGUGGAUCAGAUAUGGUGAUUCAGUAGAAGAGCACAUGCCAGGGGCAGUGGAGGCUGGCUGCUGAAGGAUGAACGGAGAGGAAGAAUUCUUUGAUGCCGUCACAGGCUUUGAUUCUGAUAACUCUUCUGGGGAAUUUUCAGAGGCACAUCAGAAAGUCACGGGAAUGAUUGACUUGGACACCAGCAAAAAUAAUAGGAUUGGGAAAAUUGGGGAGAGGCCCUCUCAAGAGAAUGGAAUUCAGAAACACAGGACGUCACUGCCGGCUCCCAUGUUCAGCAGAAGUGAUUUCAGCGUGUGGACCAUUCUAAAGAAGUGUGUCGGCCUGGAGCUGUCCAAGAUCACGAUGCCAAUCGCCUUCAACGAGCCUCUGAGCUUCCUGCAGCGGAUCACAGAGUACAUGGAGCACGUGUACCUCAUCCACAGGGCCUCCUGCCAGCCCCAGCCCCUGGAGAGGAUGCAGUCUGUGGCUGCUUUUGCUGUUUCGGCCGUGGCUUCCCAGUGGGAGAGGACCGGCAAACCAUUUAAUCCACUCUUGGGAGAAACGUAUGAAUUAAUCAGGGAAGAUUUAGGAUUCAGAUUUAUAUCGGAACAGGUCAGUCACCAUCCCCCCAUCAGCGCGUUCCACUCGGAAGGCCUCAACCAUGACUUCCUGUUCCACGGUUCCAUCUACCCCAAGCUCAAGUUCUGGGGCAAAAGCGUGGAGGCGGAGCCCCGAGGCACCAUCACACUGGAGCUGCUCAAACAUAACGAAGCCUACACCUGGACCAACCCCACCUGCUGUGUCCACAACGUCAUCAUCGGGAAGCUGUGGAUAGAGCAGUAUGGGACAGUGGAGAUUUUAAACCACAGAACUGGACAUAAGUGUGUGCUUCACUUUAAACCGUGUGGAUUAUUCGGAAAAGAACUUCACAAGGUGGAAGGACACAUUCAAGACAAAAACAAAAAGAAGCUCUUUGUGAUCUAUGGAAAAUGGACGGAAUGUUUGUGGGGCAUAGAUCCCGUUUCGUAUGAAUCCUUCAAGAAGCAGGAGAGGAGAGGCGACCACCUGAGAAAGGCCAAGCUGGAUGAUAUCUCUGGGAAGGCUGACAGCGACGUGGCUGACGACGUGCCUGUGGCCCAGGAGACCGUGCAGGUCAUUCCCGGCAGCAAGCUGCUCUGGAGGAUCAACACCCGGCCCCCCAACUCUGCCCAGAUGUAUAAUUUCACCAGUUUCACUGUGAGCCUCAACGAGCUGGAGACAGGCAUGGAGAAGACCCUGCCGCCCACGGACUGCCGCCUGCGCCCUGACAUCCGCGGCAUGGAGAAUGGCAACAUGGAUCUGGCCAGCCAGGAGAAGGAGCGGCUGGAGGAGAAACAGAGAGAAGCGCGGAGGGAGCGGGCCAGGGAGGAGGCGGAGUGGCAGACGAGGUGGUUCUACCCAGGCAAUAACCCCUACACUGGGACCCCCGACUGGUUGUAUGCAGGGGAUUACUUUGAGCGGAAUUUCUCCGACUGCCCAGAUAUCUACUGAGGGCCUGGAGGGGCCUGGGGCCCGGGACCGGAGGCUGACGAGGCUGGACUUCCUCGAGUGGCCACUCUGAGCCUCGUCACAGCAGAAACCAACUUUUCUAACGACUGUGUUCGCGGCGACAGCACCGUCCCUGAUCAAGGAUGUAAUUCUAAUUCACUGUUGAUUGCCAAACAUUUCACUCUCUGCUGUACCGUCUCUUCAUAAAGCUUCACUUGGGAUCAUCGUCUUCAUUAAGGUUUCAACAGGGAAAUUCUUCACAGCGCCCUUGUAUGUGGCAGAAAUCAGCUGGGGCUUGUGUAGCUUCCAGCUCACUCUCAGUCAUAGAAUGUGUAGCUAAAGGAAGUAAUGGGAAGGGGUUCAUGUUCUUCUUAUAAUGCAGUGGCAAAAGGUUCUGACAGUCUUUUAAACUCGAACCAGUGGGGGAAAGAUGGAUCUUGAAAAUAAUCCUGCAGAGAGCUUGAUAAAGGCCAGGGACUGCCUUCUAAAUUAUGGUAAUACAGAAGUGAAGAGUUUCAGAGCAUCAGAUUGAGUGAACAGUUGUCAGAUUCUGUAUUUUUUAACAAUCUUCAAUAAUGUAAAGAUUACUUUUAAAAUAUUUAAGUUAAAACUACUUGAAUAGUAUUUUGCUGAAGAGCAAGAUAUGCAUUAAUCACCGGUUUUAUACUGUCCAAAAUGAAGCAUCACCGUGACAACCCAGAGUGGGCAGAAGCAUCAAGAGCAUGACAGGAAAUCCUAAGACUGCUCCCGCCUCAGAGGCGUCCUGGCUCCAACUUGCGUGCCCUGUCGUCAGUGAGGCCUGGCUGUCACCGCACACCAUGUCCAUGUCUUCAAGGGGUUCAUUUCUUUUUACACGUCGCGUGUACCCAUAGCACUCUUGUGUUUCUGUUUUUCCCAGUAUGCAUGUUUAAAAUAGAAGUGACAAGAAUCACAUUCGGUUGUGUGCUGUGGGACGGUCAGAGGCAGAAUCUACUUACAGUGGUGUAAUUAAAGUUAUUUAACCAAAAAUA